AUGGCCACGCCGCCGCGGCCGCCCAAGGGCCACUUCAACAUGCUCUACUUUGCAGCCGCCACGUCAUACACCCACAAGGACUACGAGGCGCUGCCGGCACCGCUGCCGCUGGCGGAGCUGUUUGCAACUCUUGAGACGCGGUACACUGGGAUCCGGGCAGGCGUGCUGGACGGGAGCCUGGUGACGAUCAACCUCGAGUAUGUGGACGUGGACACGGACGCCGAGGGCGGUGGCAUCGUGAUCCAAGAGGGUGACGAGGUCGCCGUCAUUCCUCCUGUGAGCUCGGGCUGA